AUGGGGCGGUCUGGUACCCGACGGCGAUACCAUGAGGAUGUCAUGUCAGAUGAAGAAAUUGAUGGUGGAAGAACAUUUGAUCUGGACGAGAAAGUGCACAGCCAAAGUUUCAAGUCUGAUCGCAUCACUCGCAUGCAAGGAAAAGAUUUCACUUAUGAAUUCUUCCAACGAGGAGGCCUCAGAGAUCCGAUCAUCUUUGAGAAAAUGGAUGGCCUUGGACUCAAGAUGCCUGAUCCGAGCUUCAGUGUUAGUGAUGUCAAAAUGUUUGUUGGAAGCAGACGUAUGAUUGAUGUCAUGGACGUAAGCACGCAGAAGGGGCUGGAGAUGUCCAUGGCCCAGUGGACACGGUACUAUGAGACAGCUCCCCCUCUAAGAGACAAGCUCUACAAUGUCAUCAGCUUAGAAUUUAGCAACACAAAGUUGGAAAACCUGGUGAAGAGACCUUCCACGCUUGAUCUUAUUGACUGGAUUGACAACAUGUGGCCCCGUCACCUGAAGGAGAGACAGAGGGACUCAACCAACGCCAUCAGUGAUAUGCAAUAUCCCAAAGUGCAAAAGUAUUGUCUGAUGAGCGUGAAAGGAUGCUAUACAGACUUCCACGUAGACUUUGGAGGAACGUCUGUGUGGUACUAUGUUCUAAAAGGAAGCAAAGUUUUCUGGUUGAUCCCUCCCACCACUCAGAACUUGGAAUUAUAUGAAAACUGGGUGCUGUCGGGGAAACAGGGAGAUGUGUUCCUUGGGGAUCAAGCUUCUGACUGCCAAAGGAUUGAAGUUCGACAAGGGUGCACCUUCAUUAUACCAUCAGGUUGGAUUCAUGCUGUCUACACCCCUAUGGAUUCAAUUGUCUUUGGAGGAAACUUCCUUCACAGCUUUAAUAUUCCUAUGCAACUUAACAUCUGCAAUUUAGAGGAUCGCACAAGGGUUCCAAUGAAGUUCCGUCACCCAUUCUAUUAUGAAUUGUGCUGGUAUGUUUUGGAACGCUAUAUCUUCAGUCUCACCAAGAAGUCCUACCUCACACCCGAGUUCCAGAAGUUGUCCUUGGACAAUGAAGAUAAGAGUGUCAAUGAAGAGGUUUCAGAGCGCAAGUCCGACAGACCUGCAGUACAUUUGACCCCAUUGGAGCUGGAGGGGCUGUGGAAUUUGGUGGGCAAACUUGAGUCACUGCCAUCCAACAAGAAGUGCGUCCCACAAGGCAUCCAAAAUUCCAUGGAACUCAUCACACGCAUGAAGGCAAUACUAAAGGAGCACGCCAAUGAUGACCCAAAGCAAUCUUACACCGGAAAACCUAUUGUCAAGUGGCCAAAGAUGAUUUCAAACUACCAGCCGGUUCUACCACCACCUAUUCGUCCCAAACUGACUGCUGCUUCCGUCAUGCCACGACCACAGAAGCCUGCUUCUUCUAUCUCUGUUCUCAGAAGACGUCGGGUCAGAUGUAAGCGCUGUGAGGCAUGUAUGAGAUCUGAAUGUGGUGAUUGUAAUUUCUGCCGAGACAUGAAAAAGUUUGGAGGACCUGGAAAGCUCAAACAAACCUGUGUGCUGCGCCAGUGUCUCUCACCAGGACUUCCACUGUCUGCUGUUUGUGAAAUAUGCAAGGAGACUAACCAAGAUGAAACUGGGGAUCACUUCUUUACCCUGAUGGAAUGUUCCAACUGUGCACAAAUAGUCCACCCUUCUUGCCUUGUGGUUCGGGGUGAAGGAAUUAUCAACAAAGACCUUCCAAGCUGUUGGGAAUGUCCAAAAUGUGUUCAAGGAAUCACUGACUCUGAGAAGCGUAAAUCUUCCUCCCUGCUGGAUUCUCGCAUGGCUAAGAUAUUUCGACAUCAGAGACAUAGAGAUGGAAAUGACUCCAGUGAUGAUGACGAGGAUGAAGACACACAGAGAAAAAGGGUAAGGAUGCACCGAGGAGGAUACCAGUCUUCCAGGAGGGGUUUUCGAACCAACAGAAGAGGAGGAUCGACCCACAAGGGUAGCAGAGAAGGCCUUGUAACUACUGGUUCUUCCUCCAUCCUCAAGAUGAAGGCUGGUAGAAGGAGAGGGGUGAGAUUAAGGGGUGGCUCAAGGAUGCAGCAAAGAGGUGCUUCUACUGAUGAAUCCGGGGAUGAUGAUGAAAUGGAGGACGAUGACGACAGUGGAAUGGGAGACCAAGAUCAAACUCUCGAUGAAUGUAGUAGAAGGGGUAGAAGCGAUGAUGAGGAUGAUGACUGUGACAAAGAGGACUUUGACCCAGAAGAUGAGGACAUGGACCUAGAUUAUGAAGAAGAACAGGAAGGACUCUGGGAUUCGGAUGAAGAACCUCCAGUACUCCUGAUGUCUGACCUGAAUGAUGACAUACUUUGCGGCUCCUAUCUGACUGUGACUCUCCAGCGCCCCACCAAGACCGAUAAACAAUCUGUUUUUAUAGUUCCAAAAAUGGAAGCUGCCAUGGGUUUUAGGACUCCCCCAGGAAAUGCAGGUGGUCGCCCAAACUUCAACCGGAAGAACACUUUUUCUAAACCUUUGAGGUUCAAGAGCAAUGACAACACGCGGGAUGGCCAAAGUCCACAUUCCGCAGGAAGGCCAAGUCUUCGUGGCAACUGUGCUAUCCGGGGCACUAUGGAUCAGUCAGAGGACAGGGAACCCUCUACUUCUGUCUUUACUACACUGUCACCUCCAUCCCUGCUGUCCUCUACAUCUUUUCAGGGUGUGGAUGAGAGUGGAGGAGGAGAAAAGGAAGUGUGGGUGUCUGUUUUCAGAUACCUUAACAGAGCUGAGCUGCUCACAUGCAUGACUGUCUGUAAAGCCUGGUAUAAAUGGAGCUUUGAUAAACAUCUAUGGAGACAUCUGGAUAUGAGUCAGUUAAAUCCACUCAGUAACCAGGCCUUAGCAGGUAUCAUAAAGCAUCAGCCCAUAUCUUUGGACCUCUCAUGGACACCGCUGGCCAAAAGACAGCUCAACUGUCUUCUCACUAGGGUCCCAGGUCUACGAGAAUUAAGAGUUGCUGGUCUGUCUUGGUCAUGCCUGUCAGCAUUGGUCUCGCCGACUCUUCCCCAUCUUCGACUUCUGGAUCUGCGGUGGUGUGAAGGCAUCAAAGAUACCCAAUUUAAAGAACUCCUCACCCAACAUGAUUCACAAUCAUCUCGAUGCAGACUAAAGAACAUGGUGGCACUGUACCUGUCUGGUCUGGAUAUAAAUGAAUCCACUCUAAGACUUAUGCAGCAUCACAUGCCACACUUGGAGAAACUGGACUUGUCUCACUGCAAGAACAUUAAGGAUUCUUCAAUAGCUAUGUUGGCAGCAGGGGGGACACACACUCGCAACAACCUGAAAGAACUCAUUCUAGCAGGCUGUGACCAGCUCAGUGAUGGAUGCAUGUCCUACCUGAAACGCCUCUCCUCUUUAUCUCUUCUGGACUUAAGAGGCUGCAAGAACGUCAGUAUUCAAGCCUGCAACGUCUUCAUCUCUGACCUUUCACACAUUGCCCAAUACUGUAUGAUGGAGGAGAAGGUCAUCCAAUAUCUGAACUAA